UCUGCUGACUGACAACAUCCAUUUGAAAGGCUCAGGAGGAAACCAUACUGGCUCUUUAUUUCUACAUCAACACUCUUAACCAAGCUGUGAUUUUUAACCUUUCUGGGGGGUAAAGCCUUGUAGAUUAGUGUCUGUGUGUGUGUGUGUUAGUGAGGUUUGAGUCAGUAUGCCAUGUCGUCCCCUGGAUCGUCGUUUGUGCAGAUAAAACAUGAGGACCUGGCUUUCUAUGAGAACUGUGGAGGGGGAAGCUUUGGAAGUGUUUACAGAGCUCUUUGGAUUUCCCAGAACAAGGAGGUGGCAGUGAAGAAGCUCCUGAAGAUUGACAAAGAGGCUGAAAUCCUCAGUGUCCUGAGUCACAAGAACAUCAUUCAGUUUUAUGGAGCUGUGCUGGAGUCGCCCAACUAUGGCAUUGUCACAGAAUUUGCAAGUGGUGGGUCUCUGUAUGAGUACCUGUCCAGUGAGCAGAGUGAGCAGAUGGACAUGGAGCAGAUCAUGGCCUGGGCCAUACAAAUAGCUAAAGGAAUGCACUACCUCCAUGCGGAAGCUCCAGUGAAAGUCAUUCAUAGAGACCUAAAGUCACGAAAUGUGGUAAUGACAGUAGACAAAGUUCUCAAGAUUUGUGACUUUGGAGCAUCCAAGUUCCUAUCCCACACCACUCACAUGACUGUAGUAGGGACAUUUCCAUGGAUGGCCCCUGAGGUCAUCCAGAGUCUGCCUGUAUCUGAGACCUGUGACACGUAUUCUUAUGGAGUUGUGUUAUGGGAGAUGCUGACUCGAGAGGUUCCGUUCAAAGGCUUUGAAGGGCUGCAGGUGGCAUGGUUGGUGGUUGAAAAGCAAGAGAGGCUUACUAUUCCCACCAGCUGUCCAGCAAGUUUUGCAGAGCUAAUGAAGAAAUGUUGGCAAGCUGAUCCAAAGGAGCGGCCUCUUUUUAAGCAAGUACUCCUAACCCUGGAGACAAUGGCAAAUGACAGCAGGCUACCGGAUCAGUGCAACUCCUUCCUUCAUAACAAAGACCAGUGGAGGUGUGAAAUUGAGUCUACUCUUGAGCGCUUACGGAAACUUGAGAGGGAGCUUUACUCAAAAGAAAAAGAGUUAGAAGAAAGAGAAAGGAGACUCAAACUAUGGGAGGAGAGGCUCAUGCAGAGGUCUAACAUGAGUCCUAGUCCCAGCUCUCUUCUAAUGGAGUCACCUUUCUUCCCACCGCUGUCUAUUGGCUCGUCUGGCUCCUUCUUCCGGUCUCACUCUCAGGACUCUAACAACAGCGCGGGGGUCAGCAGCGCGGGUGUCAGUUCUCUGUUCCGGACCCUCAGUAACGGAGACACUGAGAGGAGCAGUAACACCACACUGGAGCGGAGCAUGUCCUCUCUGGACGGGGGGAGACUGCACGCCAUGCUUCGGGGACUGUCCGGAAGAUUUGGAGAUGAGGAAGAAGAAGAGGGCACUCUGAAUGACAGCAGCUGGGUGCAGAAGAAUGAUGGGGGUAGCCUGGAGGGGGGGAGGGUGCAGGUGACACUGAGGAGCUUUCCAGGAGGGGUGGUGGAGAGACAGGAGAGGACAUGGGAGGAACGGGACAGGGACACAGGGGGACUACAGCGAAGCAGGGUGACUAUGUGGAAGGGAUACUCAGGGAGUUAUGGAGACGGGGACUCUGGGAGAGAGAGGGAGGCUGACUGGGAGGCGGACAGAGGUGAGGACAGACUUGAGGACAGACUUGAGGAUAGAGGGAUGGAAGGAGUGGUAGAAGUAUCAAGACUUCCUACAGUGUUUAAAGGCCUGGGAGGGGGAGCUUAGGGGAC